GACAGCAGCUGCGGGGCGGCGGGGGAGCAUGCCCGCGCAGCCCCGCUGAAUGGCGCCUUCCCCGCGACCCCUCGCCCGGCGGCGGCCGCCAGGGAUGCUGCUCCGCGCGCUCCUGCUCCUCGGCUCCGUGCCAGGAGUGUGGUGCUUUAGUGAACUGUUUUUUGUAAAAGAACCACAGGAUGUAACUGUCACAAGAAAGGACCCAGUCACUUUAGAUUGCCAGGCUCAUGGAGAAGUUCCCAUUAAGGUCACAUGGUUGAAAAAUGGAGCAAAAGUCUCUGAAAAUAAACGGAUCCAGGUUCUGUCUAACGGCUCUUUAUACAUCACUGAGGUAGAAGGCAAGCGAGGAGAACAAUCUGAUGAAGGAUUUUAUCAGUGCUUGGCAAUGAACAAAUAUGGAGCCAUUCUUAGUCAAAAAGCUCAUCUUACCUUAUCAACUAUUUCUUCAUUUGAAGUCCAGCCAAUUUCUACUGAGGUCCAAGAAGGUGGAGUUGCUAGAUUUGCUUGUAAGAUUUCAUCAAACCCUCCUGUAGUUAUAACUUGGGAAUUAAAUCGGACAACCCUCCCUGUAACUGUGGAUAGGAUAACCGCUCUACCAACUGGAGUAUUGCAGAUCUAUGACAUUGGCCAAAAGGAUGCUGGAAAUUAUCGCUGUGUGGCUACUGCUGUAGCCCACAGACGUAAAAGUAUGGAAGCCUCUCUAACAGUGAUUCCAGCUAAGGAGUCUGAAUCCUUCCAUGCACCAACCAUUAUAGCAGGCCCACAGAACAUAACGACAUCUCUUCAUCAGACUGUUGUUUUGGAAUGUGUGGCAACAGGAAAUCCUAAGCCAAUCAUUUCUUGGAGUCGUCUUGAUCACAAAUCCAUUGAUGUCUUUAAUACUCGGGUACUUGGAAAUGGUAAUCUCAUGAUAUCUGAUGUCAGACUUCAGCAUGCUGGAGUGUACGUCUGUCGGGCAACUACUCCUGGCACACGCAACUUUACAGUUGCUAUGGCUACUUUAACUGUGUUAGCGCCUCCUUCAUUUGUUGAAUUGCCGGAAAGUUUAACCAGGCCUCGAGCUGGCACUGCUCGAUUUGUAUGUCAGGCAGAAGGUAUCCCCUCACCCAAAAUGUCAUGGCUGAAGAAUGGAAGAAAGAUACAUUCAAAUGGUAGAAUUAAAAUGUACAACAGUAAACUGGUAAUUAACCAGAUUAUUCCUGAAGAUGAUGCCAUUUAUCAGUGCAUGGCUGAGAACAGUCAAGGAUCUAUUUUAUCUAGAGCCAGAUUGACGGUAGUAAUGUCAGAAGACAGACCCAGUGCUCCCUAUAAUGUACAUGCUGAAACCAUGUCAAGUUCAGCCAUUCUUUUAGCUUGGGAGAGGCCACUUUAUAAUUCAGACAAAGUCAUUGCUUAUUCUGUGCACUACAUGAAAGCAGAAGGUUUAAAUAACGAAGAGUAUCAAGUUGUCAUCGGAAAUGAUACAACUCAUUAUAUAAUUGAUGAUUUAGAACCUGCCAGCAAUUAUACUUUCUACAUUGUGGCAUAUAUGCCAAUGGGAGCCAGCCAGAUGUCUGACCAUGUGACACAGAACACUUUAGAGGAUGUUCCCCUGAGACCUCCUGAAAUUAGUUUGACAAGUCGAAGUCCCACCGAUAUUCUCAUCUCCUGGCUACCAAUCCCAGCCAAAUAUCGACGGGGCCAAGUGGUGCUCUAUCGUCUGUCCUUCCGCCUAAGUACUGAGAAUUCCAUCCAAGUUCUGGAGCUCCCAGGGACCACACACGAGUACCUUUUAGAAGGCCUGAAACCUGAUAGUGUCUACCUGGUGAGGAUUACUGCUGCCACCAGAGUGGGACUGGGGGAGUCAUCAGUAUGGACCUCACACAGGACACCCAAAGCUACAAGUGUGAAAGCCCCAAAGUCUCCAGAGUUGCAUUUGGAACCUCUCAACUGUACCACUAUUUCUGUGAAGUGGCAGCAAGAUUCUGAGGACACAGCAACCAUUCAGGGGUACAAGCUUUACUACAAAGAAGAGGGGCAGCAGGAGAAUGGGCCCAUUUUUUUAGACACCAGUGAUCUUCUUUAUACUCUCAGUGGUUUAGACCCCAGAAGAAAAUACCACGUAAGAUUGCUGGCCUACAACAAAGAAGAUGGGUAUCAGGCAGACCAGACCGUCAGCACCCCAGGAUGUGUGUCUGUUCGUGAUCGCAUGGUUCCUCCUCCACCACCACCCCACCAUCUCUAUGCGAAGGCUAACACCUCAUCUUCCAUCUUCCUGCACUGGAGGAGGCCUGCCUUCACCACUGCACAAAUAAUUAACUACACCAUCCGUUGUAACCCUGUCGGCCUGCAGAAUGCCUCUCUGGUUCUGUACCUUCAAACAUCAGAAACUCAUAUGUUGGUUCAGGGUCUAGAACCAAACACCAAAUAUGAAUUUGCUGUUCGAUUGCACGUGGAUCAGCUUUCCAGUCCCUGGAGCCCUGUUGUCUACCACUCUACACUUCCAGAAGCACCAACAGGCCCACCAGUUGGAGUAAAAGUGACGCUGAUAGAGGAUGACACUGCUCUGGUUUCCUGGAAACCCCCUGACGGCCCAGAGACAGUGGUAACACGCUACACCAUCUUGUACGCUUCCAGAAAGGCCUGGAUUGCAGGAGAGUGGCAGGUCCUACACCGAGAAGGGGCGAUAACCAUGGCUCUGCUAGAAAACCUGGUGGCAGGAAAUGUGUAUAUUGUGAAGAUAUCUGCAUCCAAUGAGGUGGGAGAAGGACCCUUUUCAAAUUCUGUGGAGUUGGCAGUCCUUCCAAAAGAAAAUUCUGAAUCAAAUCAGAGACCUAAGCGUUUAGAUUCUGCUGAUGCCAAAGUUUAUUCAGGCUAUUACCAUCUUGACCAAAAAUCAAUGACUGGCAUUGCUGUAGGCGUUGGCAUAGCUUUGACAUGCAUCCUCAUCUGUGUUCUCAUCUUGAUAUACCGAAGCAAAGCCAGGAAAUCAUCUGCUUCCAAGAUAGCACAAAAUGGAACUCAGCAGUUAUCGCAUACCAGUACCUCCCUAGCUAAUGGAAAUGAAGUAGGAAAGAACCUGGAAGGAACUGUAGAAAAUGAAGAAUCCUUAAUGCCAAUGAUAAUGCCAAACAACUUCAUUGAUGCUAAGGGAGGAACUGACCUGAUAAUUAAUAGCUAUGGUCCUAUAAUUAAAAACAACUCUAAGAAAAAAUGGCUAUUUUUCCAAGAAUCUAAGAAGAUAAAAGUUGAACAGCCUCAAAGAAGAUUUACUCAAGCAGUCUGCUUUUACCAACCAGGCACUACUGUAUUAAUCAGUGAUGAAGAGUCCCCCAGCUCCCCAGGCCAGACAGCUAGCUUCCCAAGACCCUUUGGUGUUGCAGCUGAUACUGAGCAUUCAGCAAAUAGUGAAGGCAGCCACGAAACCGGGGAUUCUGGAAGGUUCUCCCAGGAGUCUAAUGAUGAAAUACACCUGGCCUCAGUUAUAAGUACAACACCCCUGACCUCCGAUUCCUUCACUGGCAGGGAGUCAGGUGGGGAUCCCUCAGUGAGGAAAUGUGAAGAACCUGCAGUGCCAUUGGAUGCUGAGCAAACUUCCUCUUCUGUUCUGCAACCACCAUCUGCUGUGCUAUGCUAUGAUAAAAAUGAUUUCCCAAUUUAGUCAGCCAUAUCCAGGUAUUCUCACCUGUAAGUCUGUUCGAAGGACAAUGAACAGGAAGCCAAAGCCUUUGUGAAAAUCUGUAUGUCUUAUUGGGUAUUGCAGCUUUUUUUGAAUGUGUUUUUUAUUUUUAAACUCACGUAUUUUGAAUGUUUUUUGUCAGCAAUGUGAAAAGACGGUCAAGGUAUUUGACUGGAUUAUAAAAUAUUAUCACUGGAGCAAAGGAAAGACUUUUGAAAGCCCCUUUGCUGACUAUCUACCUCAGUUUGCCAGAUGGCAAACUCAGAAGACAACUUUGUUACCUCACUUGUUGUGAUAGUUUAUCUCAGCUAUGUAACCAAUGAUACUUCCUAGUAGCAUUUUUUUUCAUUGCUGUAUGUGUAAUGUCUGUGAUCGAAGGAGUCAUAUAGGUAGAUGAGUAAGAAUGUUUCUCUGAAGCUCUGAUUUUUUAAGAAACUGACAUCUGCAUGGUUUGGGCAGUUUAACACCUCUGGCUGUGAGGAUUGCUAGACCACUGAGGAGGAGAAAAGUGGGACUGUUGAUGUUAAUGCAUAACCAAAACAAAAAGGUGUACCUUUUAACAACAGAACUAUUCAGUAGCACAUAGGGAAUACUAUCACUUAAGAGCCCUUUAUGUUUUGGACAGAAGAGUCUGAGUGCUUGAUCUGCUGUGUCCCAAACAUUAACCUGCUCGCACAGUGCCUUUCCUGCCUUCCCCCUUUGCGUGAUGGUUGGCCAAAGACUGCACUGUCUAGUUUGCAAAGCAUCCUCAACAUUUCCAGUAUUAGUUGCAAAACUCUGUGCAAAAAAUCAGAUUUUUAAAAAGAAUGGUUUAGGUUAUAUUUUUUUUAAAUCCCAGUUUGGCUUAAAGGGGUGAAGAAAUUUCAUGAAAUAUUAAGAAUGAAGAAAAUGCGACAGUAGACAGUAAAAUGAACUUGAGGUUAUCAUUGUAACAGUGCCUUCCACAUUAUGAAAUUCUUUGCCUUAUACCGUUUGAAUAUCCAUGAAGUUGUUUAGGACACAAUUACAGAAAGUUGCCUUAAGAGUUUCUUGGAAUUUACCAAAAACUAUUUUGAAGUAUAGUAUCAAAAUAGCAUUUGGGUUUGUUUUAAUGCAGGUUUUGUUUAGGGAUAAGUAUUCAGAGCUCUACCAACUUACUUGUAUUUUUUUGAAUUCUUAAGAGAAUUUGGUACUCUUUAUUUAACCUUCCUUCAGUGUCAAUGCUGUGAAUGAGGAAUGCUAACUCCAGGAGUAAGUUAAUCCUCUUGCUGGUUUGAAGCCAGCAUGCUGUGUACUCAAUCACAGAAGACAGGUUUUCCAUCAGUCAUGAGACAGUUACUUACUAGGUGCCCAGUAGUGGGAGAAGAUGAAGAAUUAAAUGUAUGAUAUCUAGAGGGGACCCCAUAUCUUUUUAAAAGUAUUUUUUCAAAUUAUCUGGAAAUGAUUUUAAGACUCAUUUUAAAAGGAAUCUCAAUGGGUUUCCCCUUUUUGUUUAUAGAAGGUGUCAUAUUAAAUGGUGUUCUAAGAUCAAAAGAAUAUUGCUGCAUAAUAGUCCCACCUCCAUUGUCUCCUAACCUGACAUCUGAUGAUAGAACAGUUUUGAUUGUUUUUUAAUCUGUCGUUUUGUGCCAAACUGGCAUCCAGAAGCAGACCAACAUUAAGUGUCAGUAACCACUUCUGAGCAAAAUUCAAAGCCCCCAUCAUUUAGUUAUGUAAGUAUGGGCUUCAUGGCAAAACCAAAAAAGCAGAGCUUCAGGUGAACAAUCUGAGGCAAGGAAAAAUGCUGCUCCUGCCUUUAUAGCUCCUGUUUUAUACUACCUCCUUUUUAAAGUUAUUCUAGUAUUAUUUUUUUUUCCUGUACUCAGGGAACAUUUUGUUACUUUUGAGCUGCCUCAUGGAAGCAUGGGCAAAUUGACAGGGUAUGGCGUUUUUUGGUUUGUAAGUAGAAGUAUGUGGGGCCAACUUUUAUUAGUAUCUAAAAUUAAGAAACACAGUUCAUUUUAUUUUUUAAACUUUCAUUAAAAGGCAAACAAAUUCUGAAGCUGAAACAUCAUCCAUCCUGGUUAUGGAAGAUAUGUCUAGAACUGUAUGAAUGUGAAUUGUUUUUAAAGCCUGAAAAAGAUGAUCUGAAGUCCUUGAAGAUAGUGUUUUGUUUGGUUGGAUUUUGAUAAAUAGGCCCAGAGUUAUUGUAGAUCUUUAGGCUAUAACUAUUUGCUAAUUAUUUACCUUUCACCUUUUUGUUUUGUUCUUACACAAUUUUUUUCAUAAUUCUGUUACCAAAGAAUUUUUAGUAGAAAGUGAAAACUUGACUAUACUUCCAACUCAAAUUGAAUUAACUAGAACCAUCUAUAACUAUGAAGCUUAUACAAGUAGUUACUAACCCAAAACAGUAGGGUUUAUAUUGAUUGUUGUAGUUAAAUAGACUAGUAAUUUUAACUACCUUAUGUUACCAGAGCAUUUAAAAAAAGUUCUUUAUCAGCAGAUAGUUCCAAAGAAUUUCAAAUGUAAUUUUUUUCUUCAGCAAGUAAAUCUUCAACUAUACAGUGUUAAAGUAUUUUUAAAUUGUUGAAACUACUUGUUGUAUAGAAAAAAAUCUUUUCACCAAAGAUAAAUAUUUUGGUCUCAUUUAAUAAGAUGAACAGCAAAGACUUCUUUUUAGUUGGCCAAAGCAAGCUUCUCUGAAGUUUUAAGUAUGAAAAUGUAACUAAAAUGUGAAGGUUCUCACUCAGUUCUCAUAGUGGUGUUACUUCAUGCUUUUUCACUCCAAAGGGGCUAAUAUGCAAACGGUAACUAUUUUCCUUUCCAGAGACAUACUUGCUGUAAGUACUGAUACAUGCAUGUCAUUUUUAUGCCAAAUACUACAAGACAGUGCUCAUCAGUAUUUUCAUACCAAAGACCAUUAAAAUAUAUAGAUUAGCCUGUAAGUAAAGAUGAGCAGAUUUGAAAUAAAUUUAUUUAGAGGCUGAUAGAAAAUCUAGCUUUAGUAACAAAAGAUAUCAAAGGGCUAAGUUUACAUAAUUAAGAGCAAUACAAGUAUAUUGGUAUUUAUCAGUGUUUUUAUUCAAGUACUUUUUAUCAGCAAAUUUUAAAAAACCAAAGAUAUUUAAAGUUACCUUCGCAUAUAGGCAAAUUUAGUUGUACAUUAAACUGUUGUUUCUAGUUUUUAUGUCAACCAAACAUGUUUCUCCAGAGCCUAGUCUGUAUACAAAUAGCAUACAUAGGGACUUUCCAUUAAAUCUGCUGAUUCAGCCAUAGGAUGUUUUUGCCAAAUGAAGUGAUACUUUCCUAAGCACCUUGAGUGUGAGAUGUCAACAGAAAUAUAAGCAGACUUUUCCAUUGCAAAGCAUUAUGGCAAUCCCUGAUAAUUCAUAGCCUGUAUGUUUUCCUCCUGCUUAAAGCAUUACUGGGUUAACUCAGAAGGCUUGAGGCAGUCUCUUCACACUAUUGGCUUUUCCCCUUUGGGGAUAAAUGAAACUGUAACCGGCAAACAGAUCAUAUCAUCAUUUAAGUGCACUACCUUUGAUAGAUGUGUUCUUUAGAGUAGUCCAUAACCUAAAAUAUUUCCAUUCCAUCCAUGGAAUGUGGUGCAUUCCAAACUUUAGUGAAAUCUUUCAUGGGUUAUCUGUGUUGUGAAACAAAAACCUUUUAUGAAUUCUGGAGUUUUAUAUUUUCAUUAGUCUGAAAAUAAGGAUACAACUUUAUCCACUAAAUGACUUUUAAAAUUUAGCUUUGGCACACCAAGAAAAUUAGAUCAUCAGUGAAAUGCCUUUUAUUUGCCUUUCCUUCAAACAAGAGCAGUGCCAACAUUGGGAACAAUGACAGUGAUUCUCAUUAGCCUUGGCUUUGUUAAGGACUUCUGCCAGAAACCUGCUUGUGGUUGACAACUCAGGAUCAUUAUUCAAGUCAGUAUGAAGACCUCUUUGGAAACAAUUCAGAGUGUCACAGAAAGAUGGAAUUGAAGGUAUCUUUUUUUUUUUAAUGCAAGAAUAUCCAGAUGUGCUUCCAAGUUCAGCAGUAGCUGUUGUGAUUCACAUGAACAUUUAUAUUUCAAUUUGAAUACUGAAUGUAAAAAAGCAAGUCCCAGUUAUCAGGAGAGUCAUGAUCUUUCUAAGACCAGAUCUGUACUUUGCAUACUUUGUCCCUGACAUUUUGCCACAUAGGUCUCUAGUAAAAUUGCUUUAAUAGUCAAAAUAAUAUUUGUGGACUCUGGGCAGAGACUAGAUGGUUCUGGAGAUCACCAUAUGCAACCAGUUGUCUAAUUGUGAAUUUUGUUGAUGUUUAGAAGAACAUAUACAUAGACUUCUGUGUUAAAUUGAUUUAUGCUCAGGACCUUAGAUCAUAGGCUAAUGCAGUGUAUAUGUUUGCAGGCUUUAAUCUUACCAGGCAGUUUCCCUUUUAAUUUUUUUGAGGGUGUUUAAGAUUAACGUGACAGUUUUGCAUUUAUACUGGACAGAUUCUGUAUUAUUUUUUUAUUGCUGCCAUAAUAGAUUGCCACAAUCUCAGUGGCCAAAACAACACACCUUUAUAGUCUUACAGUUCUGUGGUUCAAAAACUGGCUGCAGGUCUCACUGAAUAAAAUCAAGGUGUUAGCAGGGAUGAGUUCCUUCUAGAAGCUCUAGGAAAGAUCUUUUCAUUGUCUUUUCCAGCUUGUAGAAGCAUGGAUCCUAUUUUCCCUCCUCAGAGUCAACUCUAGCAUCUCUCUUACCCUUCUUCCCUUAUCCUAUCUCCUUUUCUGACCUCAACAGGGAUAAAAGGUUCUAUAACUUUAAGGAUUUGUAUAAGUAGGUUGGGCCCACCUAGAUAAUUCAAGGAUGAUCCCCUCAUCUCAAAAUUCUUAAUUAUUUCUACAGAGUCCCUUUUGCCAAUUAUGAUAACAAAAAGGGAAUGGGCAUGGAUUUCUCUGGGGAACCGUUAUUUCCUAUCUCUGAUGCAUUAUUUCUGUAUUGUUCUGAUCCCCAUAAAAUGUCUAUAGCAAUACUGAAGUUGGAAGUCUGUGGUUUUUCAUUGGAACACCUCAUGUGCCCCUAGGUAUUCUUGAAACUUUUAAAGCCAUAAAGAUCUUGGCUUGCACCUGUCAAAGGUCUAAAUUAAGCUUUGUAUCUGUAUCACUUGUACAAGCAUUUCAGCUUUAAACCUUCUGAAUAUGUGCUUUGUAACUUCUCAGUUCUGUGGUUUAACAAAGUUUCCUAAAUAUUUGCCCCUAACUUUUGGUACUUAAUUGGAAAUUUUUGAAAACUAUUCUAGUUGAACUUUCUGCUUUUCCCUUAGGCAGUUAUGCUGGGGUUGGUUUAGGGAAAGACCUCAAAAUUUAGGGACUUAUACUAAAUGAAUAGAACUAUGGUCCAGUUCAUUCUUCAUUUUCUAUUUUAAAAGCAAAUUUGUAACAUGUUCCCAUUCUACCUUUUAAAUCUAGUUUAUUCUUCAGCUUCAACAGCCUCUUGACUCUUUGGUUUUCAGUUUGGUAAUCACUAGAUUUUUCAUCAACAGCAUAGCUUCCACUUAGCCUUAUUGGCAUAUACAUUUUGGAAAUUUAAUCUUUCUUGUUAUACUUUGAUUUCAGUUGCCCCUUUUCCUGAAAAGACUUGGGAGUCCACAGUUCUAGUUUAUUCUAAUUCUUGGAUCAUUUCAAGUCAAGUUUUCAGUUUUGAAGGAUAAUUCCUGAUUCUUAGUUUUCAGCACUUUUUCAAUUAAAGAGAUAAAGCUAUCUCCACCAUGGGUUGGACCAUGAGCAAAUUUAAGAGUGCUGAUUAUUUUUUGGCUGCUUCUGACUCCAGUCUCUAGGCAGGGAUAAUGCCAUUUCCUGAGCCGUGUGUAACAUGCCACAGUCUUCUUCCCUGCAAACUGCUUCAUUCUGCAGAGCAAGUAUUAUCCCCAUUUUAGAGAUUGGGAAACUGAGAUUAAAAUGUCUAAAUUGUCACAGGUCACAGUUGGUAAGUGAUUUACCCAAGAUAUAAACCCAAAUUAGUCAAACCCAAUGAUAACAGUAUUUCUACUGUAUUUUUUUUUUUUAGCUAAGAAAUGAGAAAUUUUCUGUAGCUCCUGUAUCUAAGUAGAAAUUUAACUGGAUAAAGUCAGGUGCAUACACAGUCAUCCUUCUUUGCUAGAUCUGAGGAGUUAGUAAUUUUUAGAUGAAUGCAAGCUUAUCAGUUAUUCACACUCAUUCAGGAGGGAGCAAAGUUGAGGAAACAGAACAAGUAUAGGUUAAAUCACUGGAGCACCUAAUGCCCUUGACUAUUUUGAAAAUUUAGUUUGGGAGGGACAUUCUUAAUGUAUUUCUAUUUCUUCCCUCUCCAUGAAAUAAGGAAAAUUUGUUGUGCAGAAUGAAGCAAUAGUACUUUGAAAACUUAAAAGAAAAUUCAAGUGUAAAUAAUUAUAAUCUGAAAGUCAUUUCCACGAGACUGUGAAACAUCUUAACAGUUUUUUUUUUCCCUUAUAGGCAGUCUUUACAAUUACAUUUUGAUUGUGCUAAAAUGAAAAAUGUUUGCAUUUCUUGUGCAUGCACCAAAAAAUCUUAGAAAGUAAUCGCUGAAGAUAUAAGCUGUGAUUUAAACACACAUUUGUAAUGUGGGUAAAUCUAUAAGGAAAUGGGAAUUAGCUGUACUUUUGAAAAUACUAAACAUGAAAUCAUCUUACCUCAAUUUAGAUCAUUCAUUUUUUAGUGUGACUGAUAGUCAUAUACUAUUUUGUCUUAAAAAUGUAAAGAGAGGGGCCUCCCCGGUGGCGCAGCGGUUGAGCGCUGGGUUGCAAGGCUGGCCGCAGCCUCUGCGGCACCGGUUCGAUCCCCGGCUGCUCCCCGGCCACCAGAGGAGGGUCCCACAUGGCGCGCAGACCUCUCCUGCCGCCCGCUGCUCCCCUCAGCAGUGUACUUCGUUCCUUCUGCCUGCUCUGCUCUCUGCUCUGGCUCUGGUGAAUUCUCUCACCCUCCCGUGCUUCUGACUGUACCCAGUGCUUGUAUGAAUAAAUAAAUAAACAAACAAAUAAAUAAAUAAAUAAAAUCUUUAAAAAAAAAAAAAAAUGUAAAGAGAAAGUCGAAUAUCCUCAGAGGCACAUGAAUGGGAGAGGACAAAAGUGUAUUUUUAUGAUCCUUCUUUUUCAGAUCUAUUUUAUUUAAAUUAUGGAUCAUUUUAACAUUUCUUCAAACUACUUAUAAUGAAUUUGAUAUAGGGAAAUACCUACUGGCAUCUAAUUCUAGUUCACUUCAAGUCUUACCACAAGCAUUUAAGGCUUGUGGUAAUAAUUAUGACUAUCAUGGGUUUUUUUUUUAAGGAAAUAAUUUCCCUAACUUUUUCUUGAACCAUUUAGUAUCACUCUUAGUAUAAUCCAUGAGAUUCUGAACACCUUUGCACAUUUACUCAAGUUUAUAUCUUAUAAGUAAUUCAUAUGAAGUUAGUCUAACUUAAAAACUUUGUCUUUAAAAAAAUUGUUACACAAGCUUAUUUUCCCACAGAACUGUCUUUAAAAAUAAUGAGAAUAUGAUUUUUUCAGCUUAAAAUAUUCUUCCUGUUACCAUGUUCUAGAUACCUGUUUCGUUUGCAAAUGAAAAUAAGUGCUUAUGAUUAUCUAGUAUAGUCUCUUAAAGGUAAUUCAAAGCCUGAAUACAUGCACAUUGCCUUAGUCUAUCAGUAAAGGACAUAUAUUAAGUAAGUUUGUCUCUUUGUUGCUGUUGUUAGACAAAAUUUUAUGUCUGUGUGUGAUUUUUCCUUUUUUUUUUUUUCAAAUAUGUGAAUUAAAUGAAAGUGUGGGAGCCAGUUAUAUUAUUUCAUGUUGUGGGUGUUCUGGAUCCUUUCACUCCAUAUACCAUUUUCUUGUAAGGGCAGCAUUUGCAGACUUGCUAAUGGACUCUAGAGCUGAGCUAUAUUAAUUUUAUACUUGACUCAGGGGAUCAGCUCUGUGAACUCCAUUACAGGAAGAAAGCAAAUGUUUGCCUUGAUUUUGAAUGUACCUUUUUAACGUCUUCUUUAAACAUAUUUUGUUUAAUAAUGUGGGUUUGUUUUCUUUUUCUAGCAUCAUAGUAAAUAUUGCCUAGUAUAUUUUCCUUCCCCAGGGUAGUUUAUAUACUAUCCUACAGGUCAUGCCAAAAAUGAAUAAAAAUUUAAAUGCCAAAAUGUUUAUGAAACUGCUGUCUAAAUACUGAUUGAUUGCACAGUUUAAAUAAAAGUUUUCCUUAGUAA